UUCAUUACAUCCAUCAAAAGUGUUUGGAGUCGUUAUUAGAAAGCAGGAAAACAUGUUCAUCAACGUGGUUUUGUUAAUGUGCAUCGUCGGAAAUGUUCAUUCAUGGUGGGAGUUAGUUUUCAAAGUUGUGACCGGUGGACCAUUUGGGGCCUAUGAUUUAUUUGUAAAAAAUGGCACUCGCAAUACACAGAACUUGACAGUCCAGCAACUGACGAACGAAGUUAAGGAUCAUUACAAAUCUGAUGUCAUGAACGAUAUACAUUCAAAUGGCGUCACUAAGAUAAGAGUAUCCUACUACUCUGGGGGCGUUGAAGCUCAAUACUUUGUUUUCGACGCAGUAGGAGCCACCAAAACUGGGUGGUUCAGCCGAGAAAGAUUAAUAGAGACAAGUUAUAAAAAUAUAACGGCAUUGGCUGAUAGGUAG